CUCCAAAAAAAAAUUUGUAGCACUGAAUUAGAAAUUGGAAACCUUAUCGUUAAUCUUAUCAGUGUAAAGGAAAUUAAAUUACGAAAGGUUACUUUUAUAAUGACUCAUAAGUAUUUAAUUAACUCUGUUUAAUAGAAAUACAUUCUUUUAUAAUGUGUUUUUAAUAUAUUUAUUAAUCAUCAUUGAUAAUGGAGGAAUCUACUUAGGCUAUGCGCUCAAAAAUUCAAGUAUCCUACUUAUUGUAUUUAGUCUUCAUUUAAUAGAAUUGAGGAUUCGAUUGAUGGUAUCUAGGAUUGUUUUAAAACAAUACAUCCUUUGUAAUCUAAAGAACCAACCAUUCAUAAAUUUAAUAAGCCCUGUUGGCCUGAAGUGCAUAAUGAACAAUUUAGUAACUAGCUAAGUUAAAAAGUCACCAAGUCUGUCUCUUUAAAUAUCUGCAAUCAACUAAAGAAAUAAGAGGAAAUUUAAUUAAAGAAUAAAAAAUUAAUAAGCUUAAUAUGAAGAACUAAAACAAAAACAUAAUGAAGAGAUUAAUAUAAAACAAUAAUUGGAAACCUAAAUCAAAAACUAGAAUAAUGAAAUUUAGUCAUUGAAGCUGAAAUCAACCUAAGAAUAAUAGGAGUAAUAAGCUCA